UUUUUUUUUAACGAGUGCAAAUCGAUGGCGUUGCGACGUUGAUUCCGAGGAGCGGCUCGUAGGUGGGGCGCGUUGACAAAAGCCGGAGGUCGCUCGCCGUGUCUCUGUGCCCAGUUCGGUGCCUGCCUGUCGUGCGCACGAGCCGCCGGCCCGAUUGGUAAGACUAGCUGGGCUGUAUCCCGUGAUGCCUCGCUUUAUUUUGGCCGGUCGCUCAGGGAGAUGAGAUCUGGCACGAGCUCGCGGGCUGUCGAGGAGCGACGCGCCGGACAAGACAUCUGUGCUCGUGUGACACUCGGGAGACGCUGACGAGGGGAGCAACACCGCGACAGGUUGGAAGAGCCGUCACCAUGUCGAGAGUAAGUCUGGAAAAUCAGCUGCACAGUGCCCAGAAGAACCUGCUCUUCCUUCAGCAGGACCACGCGCACACCCUGAAGGGUCUGCAUGCAGAGAUACGCCGCCUGCAGCAGCACUGCACAGACUUGACCUAUGAACUGACGGUGAGGAACUCCGAAAGCUCAGGAACGGGGGACUCCCGCUGUGAUGAGCUGAGGAAAAAAUGUGAGGAGCUGGAAACUCAGCUAAAAGCCAAAGAGGAAGAAAACACCGCCUUGUUAAGGGAGCUAGAAGAAAAGAAUGCCAUGAUCUCCGUGCUGGAGAACACCAUCAAGGAACGGGAGAAGAAGUACUUGGAAGAGCUGAAGAUGAAAAGCCAUAAACUUAACAUGCUGUCGAGCGAGCUGGAGCAGCGAGCUGGCACCAUCGCUUACCUGACCUCUCAGCUGCAUGCCACCAAAAAGAAGUUGAUCGCCACAUCAAGUGGCACAUCGGACAGCAGCCCCAACGUGAGCCCAGUCAUGUCGUCCUACAAACCCGCACCCCCCAAGGAGAAAAUGACAGACACACCACGGCGAAGGAUGAAGAAGAGCCUCUCGCAGCCUUUGAACUCUGAGUACGCUGAAGUGUACCGGCUGGGCUCAGAUGGCCGCAAGUUGCUGCUGCGCGAGACCAUGGAGGCCAUGCCUGACCCAACACCAUUCCUUCUGGCCAGAGAAUCCUCCGAUGCACAACUCUUGAAAGAGAGGCCUUUGGUAAUCCCCCCCAUUCCUUCAGAGCGCAACUCCUCUGCGCCACACUUCAGUCUGGGCAGAGAUAAGCAGCAGCACAAGGCACACAUUGGGGUGGCUCACCGCAUCCAUCAUGCCGUCGCUCCGAGCACAGAGGCCCAAGUGGAGACCCUGGCUGUGGAUCAGGUAAAUGGCAGUGAAGUUGUCCGCAAACGGUCAGGCGCCGACAGAACUGCUUAGGCUGACCGAGCGAGUGAUCCAGUCCGAUGGGCUGGUUUAUGCAAUGCACUGUGCUAAGAGAUUCAUCCUUAAUUCAUCUGCUCCGAAGGUUCUACACUUUGAGAGACUGCAUGCCAAAGGUUUUAACUGCCUCUGUCACCUUGCCUACACCUACCAUACCAGCUUUACUGUGGCACCUCCAAGGCCUUCCUCUUCGAGUCUGAACCAAAACACAGCCAAACUCAACGGCGCCCUCUCCUCGUUGCUUGCUUGUACUGCACAAGUGCGGCGCAACUGCUGAAGGACCCCCCCCAGUGUAAAUCUAGUCAGUACUCCACAAUGGCAAACCUGCAGCAAGGUGCCAGGCGUCUGCUUCCAAUGUCACUAGGCCCUGGCAAGGAUGCCUUCUGGGAGUCACAUGACAAAGCCUUUGCCUAGAUAGCCCCGACUGUGUA